AUGGGCUGUAGAGUGAGGAGAGGAGCAGGGGCUCGCCUGCUUGCAGGGCUCCGAGGAUGUUGCCACCGGUGGGUGUGGGUGCAGCUGCUGCUCUCCUGCCUUGUGGUCCACACCACUACGAGCCACGAUCCAGGCUUCCCAGGUACCAUCUCCUGUUAUGAUGACAAGAUGAUGGUGAGACUGCCUGGACAUCUUGCCUCCAGGGCUUGGAAAGCAUCUGUGACUGACUUCCUUGGAGCUGAAACCAUGAACUGUACCUAUACUCUGGAUUCAAAAAAGCUUAUCUUGAUAGCUGCAUAUGAGAAUUGUACUAAGAUGGUGGAUGAUAUCCAUCAAAUGAACAUUGAACUGACUGUGGAAACUUCAGUGGGGACCCAGACCUUAACCUAUCGGAUAAGCUGCCCUGCCAUCCAAGCUGAUGACCCCCUUACUACUGGGUUUUUAGGAGCCACAAACUGCACCAAGGAUCUCAUGUCUGUUUCCUUCCCACAAAUCAUACCCAGUUUUGAUGAUGAAACUAUGACAAAAGACUCUCAGAUGGCCUGGACUCUGUCAGUGGGUGAUCACUUAAAACCAAGGAUCUUGGCUAUCCCGGAAGCCAUGGAGCAAGGCUACACGUUUUUCAUUGGUCACAAGGAAAUAAUCAUUCAAGUCUCAUUCAGUGCUACUGGAGUUAAUCACUUUAAGCAAGGGACCCAUCAUCUAUACACUGCAGCCCUCAAACUUACAUAUGGACCUCCGGAGCAGAGACUCAUCCUCUCAUCCCAGAUGAUUUGUGCACCAGGCCCAGCUACCUGCAACUCCACACACAUGACAAUAACCAUCCCAAAGUUUCCAGGGUGGUUAACUGCCAUUAGUAUAGGAGAAAAGAACAUUCCCAUGAACCAGCUACAUGCCAAUGGAAUUGCUGUUGACCAAAGAAAUGGCUUGAGAUUGUACAUUAGUAAAAGAGCUUUGAAUUCUAGGGAUUCUGACAGCUGUACAGGCUUUCCAUUCUACUUGUCCUCCCUGAAGCUGACAUUUCAAUACUAUGGAGAAAUGGUAUCUAUGGUCAUGUACCCAGAAUGCUCUUGUGACCCACCUGCUCUAAUAGAUGCUGUGUGUACCCAAGAUGGUUACAUGGACUUUGAAGUCCAUAGCCACAGAACAAAACCAGCCCUGAACCUAAGUACGCUCAAAGUAAGAGAUGAAACCUGCAAGCCAGUCCUCAAGUCCCAAACACAGGAAAUGGUUGAGUUUCACAUCCCAUUGAAUGGCUGUGGAACAAGUAUUAAGUUUGAAGGGAACCAAGCAGUCUAUGAAAAUGAAGUACAUGCUCUCUGGGCAGAUCUACCCCCAAGCAAAAUAUCCAGAGACAGUGAAUUCAGGCUGACAGUAAUGUGCUAUUAUAGCGAUGAUGACUUAAUAGUGGGUGCCAACAUCACCAAUCCACCUCCUCCCGUGGCUUCUGUGAAACAAGGUCCUCUUUCCUUAAUCCUUCAGAUCUAUCCAGAUGAUGCCUACAAGCAGCCUUAUGGAGAAGAGCUGUUCCCCAUAGUGAAAUUCUUGAGACAACCAAUCUACUUGGAAGUUCAAGUUCUAAACCGGAGUGAUCCAAACAUCAAACUAGUGCUGGAUGACUGCUGGGCAACUAUGGUCCAGGACCCUGACUCCCUCCCCCGGUGGGACAUCAUUGUGGAUGGAUGUGCCUACCAGCUAGACAACUACAGAACAACAUUCCAUAAAGUUGGCUCUUCACUGAACUAUCCCAACCACUAUCAGAGAUUUGAAGUGAAGACAUUUGCCUUUGUAACCGGUGAUAAGGCCCUCUCUAGUCUGGUCUACUUCCACUGCAGUGCCUUACUGUGUGACCACCUAAAUCCAGAUUCCUCUCUGUGUUCAGUGAAAUGUCCACUACUCUCUAGGAACAAACGAGCUGGAGACACCUCUGAAAAGGCAAAAUCUACAACAACAAGUCUUCCUGGUCCUGUCCUCUUGGUGUCAGAUGAAUGGUCUCCAGCCAGAGGUACCAUGGACUCCAAAGGGCAGUGGAACAAAGGAGUGUGGAUUGCUGCUACAACACUGGCUGUCAUUGUGGCAGGAAUAUUUGUUGUUGCAUCUAUAUAUGUAACUAAAUGUCUGAGACCCUGUACUGUUUAGCAACAGAAAUUGAGUAAUAAAUCAGGCCUUGUACUACA